CGAUCGCGAUCGUCUUGAUUCCAGCUUGUGAAUUUUCAUCUGUGAGACUCGCAAUCUGGACAAUAUAUCCGCAGGACUUCACCCAAAGCAGCAUUCCGUCGCAAUCAUGCCGUCGAGAUUUCGAGAACUUAACCCGUUUGCCAAACAUGACGUUAGUGAAUACCCUGGCGUGUUGAUUCCGCUCGCCAGAGGCACCAGCACAUCCUCCGCGCCAAAACCUCGCUCGCCCUCCUCCGAUGAGGAAGUCGACAAGACGUCCUUCGACGAGAAGAAUGCAGCUGGCCUACCUCAAUACAGCACAGCUGGCGUUGCCGGCAACAACAGCGCUCUCACCAGCACCAACACCGGCGACCUCGAAUCGCCACGCACUCUUGAGACCCUCCGCGCCGAGAUCGACGAUGACAUUGCUUCCACCGGCACCGACACCGCCUACGACCGCAAAUCCCACAUCAUCAACAAAGCCCUCGCCGACAUUGGCAUGGGCCGGUACCAAUGGCAACUCUUCGUCCUCUGCGGCUUCGGCUGGAUGGCGGAUAAUCUCUGGCUGCAGGGCGUCGCCUUGACGCUGCCACGCCUGAGCGCUGAGUUCGGCAUCGAUUCGAAUUAUGUUCGAUACACCACUCUUGCGCUUUUCAUCGGUCUGUGCCUCGGAGCUUCGUUCUGGGGCAUUGCUUCGGACAUCGUUGGCCGCCGACUUGCGUUCAACUUCACGCUGCUUGUUGCGGGUGUUUUUGGUAUCGCGGCGGGUGGGGCGCCCUCGUGGGUUGGCGUAUGUGCACUAUACGCCUGCUUGGGAUUUGGAGUCGGAGGAUCUCUCCCGGUUGAUGGCGCUCUUUUCCUCGAAUUUCUGCCAAUGGCUAGCAACAAUUUGCUGACCUUGCUCUCGGUAUGGUGGCCGAUCGGACAGCUGAUUGCCUCUCUCGUCGCCUGGGUCUUCAUCGUCAACUUUCCUGUGAACGUCGGCUGGCGAUAUUUCAUCUAUACCAUGGGAGCCAUGACCACGGGAUUUUUCUGCUGCCGAUUCUUCUUCUUCCACCUCUUCGAAUCGCCCAAGUUCCUGCUCUCCCGCGGACGACAAGCUGAGGCUGUGGCCGUCAUUCACGGCAUUGCCUACAAAAACAAGACAAAGACUUGGUUGACUGAGGAGAUUUUGAACGAGAUUGGAGGCCACCCCGAUGUCGUCACUGAUGGCAAGCUCACCGUCAUGCAAAUCAUCAAACGAUCGCUCUCCAAAUUCAGCGGACAGCGUAUCGGUCCUCUCUUCAAUACCCGCACUCUUGCCUUGUCCACAAGUUUGAUCUGGUUCAUCUGGCUGACGAUCGGCAUGGGUUACCCGCUCUUCAACGCCUUCCUCCCGCAAUACCUCAGUCGCAGCGGCGCCGGCGAGAAUGACGAGAACACAACCUACCGCGACUACGCCAUCACCUCAGUCGUAGGUGUGCCCGGUAGCAUUCUUGCCUGCUACACCGUCAACCUGAAAUACAUCGGCCGCAAGGGUACCAUGGCCAUUGCCACAGUCGUCACGGGAAUCUUCGUGAUCCUCUUCACCAUCGCAUCCGAUUCAGGCUUCCAACUCGCCAUGAGCUGUCUCGAGGCUUUCUUCCAAAACAUCAUGUACGGCGUCCUCUACGCCUACACCCCCGAAGUCUUCCCGGCGCCCAACCGCGGCACCGGCACAGGAAUCGGAAGUUUCCUCAACCGUCUCGCGGGUCUUUGCGCGCCGAUUGUGGCUGUCAAUGCCGGCCAGGCGAAUCCCAAAGCACCGAUUUUCGCGUCGGCGGGACUGUUCUUUGCGGCGUUUUUGGCCAUGGUUGCUUUGCCGAUUGAGACCCGCGGGAGGUCGACUUUGUGAUUUAAGACGUAGAAGGGUGUUUGGUGGAUUUACAGGGGCGCGGAAUAGGUCACGCCCUUUUGCAUAUUUUUGGGCAAAGUUUCGAUGAGAUAAUGAUACCAGG